AUGCAUUCGACAGAAACGAAAGACGGCACAAGCAACAAUCGGGCUGAUGUUGAGAAGAAUGAGACCGUGGCUGAUUUUGAUAUUGGGAAGCACGAGACCGUUGGUGUCCAUGAUGGAGAUGAAGCAAUGGCAGCAUUUCAAGACGGCCAGGUUGUGGACGUUGACGAGGCUACCAACAAACGGCUGCUCCGCAAGAUCGACCGGCAUAUCCUACCUAUAAUGUGCGCGGUAUAUUGUAUGAACUACCUGGACAAAACAACUCUUUCAUACGCCAGCAUCAUGGGACUGAAGGAGGACGUCCACUUGGUAGGGGACAACUACCAGUGGUUAGCGUCGCUCUUCUACUUCGGGUAUCUUACAUGGGAAUGGCCUACGGUACGUCUGCUACAGAGAUUGCCAAUUGCCAAAUACUCGGGGUUCUGUGUUAUCUGCUGGGGCGUGACUCUUGCCCUAUUCGCAGUUGUUCACGAUUUCAAGGGCGCCGCCAUCAUUCGAUUCCUUCUCGGAGCUUUCGAGUCAGCGGUGACUCCGGGUUGGGCUCUCAUCACAUCCCAAUGGUACAAAAGGUCUGAGCAGGGGUCCAGGACAGGACUGUGGUUCAGUUUCAAUGGCUUUGCUCAGAUCUUCGGCGGUGUCAUCGCCUACGGCAUCGCUGUUGGUGGCGAGAGGGACAUCUACACUAUUCAACCUUGGAGGAUCCUCUUCAUCCUCACAGGGUCACUCACUUUUGUUCUUGGCAUCAUCUUUCUGAUAGUCGUCCCGGACAAUCAGCUCAAGUCGAGGUGGCUUAAUGAGACUGACCGAGUUCUCGCCGUGGCAAGGGUCAGAGUCAACCAGCAGGGAAUCGGCAACAAGCAUUUCAAGACGUAUCAAUUCAAGGAGGCCCUUAUGGACCCCUUGGCCUGGGCAUUUGCUUUCUAUAGCAUUGCUUCCAACAUACCAAAUGGGGGCAUCAGCAACUUCUUUAGUCAGCUCAUCGUCUCGUUUGGCUACAGUCCCACACAAUCUCUGCUUCUUGGAACCCCCGCCGGUGCCGUUCAAGUUGUCAGCUUGUUGCUUAGUGGUUACUAUGGCGAUAAAUACAAAAAUCGACUAUUGGUAUCACUUGGUGGACUGAGUUUGGCAGUACUGGGAGCCAUCCUGCUCGUUGCAUUGCCAGAUGCUGCAAAGGCGGGUAAGCUUGUCGGUUACUACUUGACUCUGGCUGGGACAACGCCAUUCGUGGCACUAUUGAGUCUAAUUUCUUCUAAUAUUGCCGGAUACACCAAGAAGACCACUGUGGCUGCUAUGUAUCUGAUCUUCUAUUGUGCCGGCAACAUCAUUGGCCCUCAAACCUUUCGCCCGGCGGAUGCACCUGGGUUUAUCCCGGCUAAAGUCACCAUUCUUGUCUGCUAUGUCCUUUGCAUGAUAGAUGUCAUCUUUAUUUGGUGGUAUUGUAGACGAAUGAACCAAAAGAAGGCAGCCCUUAGAGCGGAACCCGGAUACAUAACGCAAGAGAACUCUGAGUGGUUGGAUUUGACGGAUAAGGAGAACCCUGAAUUUACCUAUACUCUAUGA